AUGGAGAUCGAAAACCGCGUCGAAUUACCGGAUGGACAUCUUGUGAAUCUCUCCCCUCGGGACCAGCGUGAAUCAGGCCAAUGUCAACAACAAUACCAAGCAUAUCGAGCAAACUAUACCUUCGCAGAAUUGUCUUCGACACCCCCUUGGAGGAACGUCCAUCAAGAUCAACCCAGGGCUUCGGAGCUUGUAAACUCUCAAAGCCCUACAGAAGACAUGUUUCACAGAACAAAAGCAACCAAGCUCCCGCUCCCUAAAAACUUGAAUGAUCGAGGUCGCGACCAGCGGAAUCAGACACCCAGCCCUACUGGGAUACCCAAGCCAUCGCCUACUGCCUUUUCUUCCGGGGGAUCUGGUGGCCAGUCUGGCGAACGAGAGCAGUAUUGGCAAAGGGUCCGCGACAAAUUCGAGAAGGAUUCUCUGCUAUCACAACGAGCUUCCUUCGUCCGAUCAAGAGAGAGUGAUCAGAACGGUUCUCCGAGUUAUGGAAGUUCUCGCUCGCAGGGCAAAUAUUCCCGGGAGGAUCAACCCCUUAGCCGCGGAGGCAACCCCAGAUCAGGGAUCCCGAGCCCUAGUGCCGAACUUGCGACUGCGGCUCAAAGUUCUCGGAACGAUUCCAGCGAUCCUGUGGAAAACCAGAGAAAAUACAGAAAGAACGGGGAUUCAUGGGUCAGCCUAGAACUCAACGAGACUACUCCGCAACGAUCGGACAGGACAGACACAACUACCGAGUCCAGCCCUCAUUCACAUCCCUCGAUAUCUCCGAUCUCUGCUGAAGAUAGCAUGACAGACUGGGAAGACAGAUUCGUUGUUAAUAUGCCGACUGCCAAGGACCCCAACCCACCAACCAUGACUGCCCAGCAAAUAGCUGAAUAUCAAAAAACGAUUGAGAGGGCACGUCGGGAGCGUAGCCGUGUGGGAGAUCCAAAUACAGGGCCUAGUCCACGCCAUGGAUCGCCUGCAUCAGCACAGCACCAUUUGGCGCAACGAGACGACUCGAUAGGUUCCUUCAAAGCCUACGAUGGUGGCCCGACAGAACCUCACUCAGAAGUUGAUCAGCAAUCACCUCCAUCGCAGCAAAAUCAACAGUCCCAGCAAUCCCAGCAGCAGCGAUCCCAGAGGCAACAGGGUUAUUACAGCCCCGACGAGAUUGGGAAGAACCGAAUCAGCACAAUCUGGGAAGAGUCGCCAACAAAGCCGAGAGAAAAGAGGGCUUCUCACAAUGCGGAUGGUUCUUUUUUAGGAUGCAAGGAGAUCAACGGGCCGGGAACAAAAAAUCCAGACGAGAUUCUCCUUUUCGGAUCCGGGGAAGACUCCAGAAAUCUCCACCCGCGGCCACUCGCAGUCGGCGCGAGAAAAAGGCAGAAGGAGGAGAAGAAGAGCCCCGGCGGAUAUUCAGCCCCGCCCAGAUCGGGAGACAGGACCAUUCUUCAAGAAGAGUGGGCAGAGGUUUCUCGGAAUUCGAGGCAUGCCCAAUGCUCGAAGCUGUCGUCGGUGACGCUGUGUCACGACCACAAUUGCUCAGAACAGGACAUCCUGAGGAAAGGCUCCCAGGGCUCGGAGAAGGAGAACUCCCGGUCCAUAGAGAGCGCCUCCAACUCGACAACGAAGCUCAGAGACGUUCGUGGAGACGACGAUGUGUUCAUUAUCACACCCACUAUCACGCGCACUUUGAUUCCCACGGCCGGGAAAAAGCAGCCCGAGAAAAAGGCAGCUGCUCCAAAGCCGCACGGACUGCGACGUCCUGGUGGAACUGGCCAGUCAGGCACAGGAGAGGCAGUCAAGGCCGUCCGCGCGAAAGCUCAGGUCAUCUCUACACCUUCCGGGCUUCGACCCGCAGCAGAAGCAUCGCGGCCGAGCGCGACCGUGCCAUCACUGGCGUCAUCGAAAACAACACAGCUCAGCAGUAUUCCAACACCGAAAGAAGCUUCCGCCGCCGCGAAAGACGCGAAGGAUAUGAAGGACAUCAAAGAACCGAAAGGUUCGAAGACCACAGCUCCCGGAAAGGGCUCCAUCAAAGACAAAAACGACCCCGAGCGAAGCACAGCAUCGAGCUCUAUCCGUGGGUUCAUCCGUACCUCCGGUCUAGCAAGGUCGAGCGGACUCGUAAGGUCACCCACCGAUAGCCUAGCAACUAUACUUCGGAAUGGCACAGAAUCUCUGCGCAACCGUGCUGAAUCUCUUCGCAACAGCCGAAAGGGCUCGCCCAUCUCUGCCCUUCCAUCGCGGGAUAAUUCCGACUCAUCCCGCUCUGAAAAGUCUUUCAAAUCGGCGAAAGAGUCGCCUAGAGCAACCCCACCACCGUCAACACGGCCUUCUCCGGCGAAGAAAGAUUCCCCGGCUUCAAAACUGUCUUCGGUUGAAAGACCGCCGUCUCAAAAACUCUCUCCGUUUGAGAGAUCGUCACCGGCCCCAGUGACAGAUAAAUUGCCUUCAGUGGAGAAAUCGCCACCUCCACCCCAUGGAAAACUUUCGCGUGCCGAGCGGCUGGAGAAAUUCAAAGAAGAAGCCCGAGCUCGCAGGGUUACCAGGAUGACUAGCGGUAAGUGUGUCGACAUUGCGGACAUUGCGGAGUUAGACGGUCAUCAAGUGUCUGGCCGCAAGGAUUACCUUCAAUCCAACAUCACCGAUGUGACCGACGUUUGCGAGGAUCUUCUUGAGUUGAAUUCAAGAGAAAAAGACGAGCGUGUGAAAGAGUGUGUUCAUCCCAUUGCCUUGUCUAUGAUCUUUGAAAUCGUCGUCGUUGCAGUUACGAAUAUGCACAAGCUUGCCCUACAGGUGACGGACAAUCCAUACGCCAAGUUCGUCGCGACCAACGUUUUAAGCAUGGUACGUCACUGCUAUCGCGUCUUUAGUCAGGUCGUCCAUGCGGUUUCGCAGUAUCAAACAACUGGCACCUGGCCUAAGGCCAAAAACGACAAAGCCGUCAGCCGCUUCUUGGUGGAGCUGCUCCAGGCUGUUGUCUAUCUGAUCAUCCUCGGCUUCAGUACCCUGGUCGUCUGCCGGGCAACCAGCUACGUUUUGCUCGUUGGCAGCUGGAUAUUGUGGUUUGCGAGACCAUUCGCUUGGGCUUUUAAUUUUACCACUCGUGCUCUCAUGGUGUGA